GUUGGAAGAAAAUGCUGACGCCAUAAUCCACAGCUAAUAGCGGAUUCCCAACGCCUUUGCAUCAUUUCGCUGGAGACCCUUCUUCUUACCCGUUCGGCUCCAUUUCAUCUACCAUUUCUCUCGUCCUCCGCUUCUUCGAUUUAGGGUUUCUUCCGCCUCUGCGCAUUCCCCGAAUAGCUCGCUCGCUGCUCGCCAUCCAUGGGACGCAGCAGUGCAAGGCCGCCUCUGAAGGUCAGGGACACCGGGAGGAGAAUGAUUCGUGGACAGCUUCCUGAAGUUGGUGCAAUAUUCAUGUCGAAUACCGGUACGAAAGAAGAAUGUCUAGAGAAGAUGCUCUUUGGCCUUCCAUCUUCCCAUGUUGAUUUUGUGAGGAGAGUCAAAGCUGGAAUGAUUCUGUUCCUCUUCGAGUACGAGCAGAGGGAACUCCAUGGUGUCUUUGAGGCAGCUUCGAACGGUGAGAUUAACAUCAUCUCCUCCGCUUAUACUUCAUCAGGGAAGCAGUUCCCUGCUCAGGUUCGAGUUAGCAGGAUAUGGCACUGUUAUCCGCUUUCUGAGCAAGAAUUCCGGGGGGCCAUUGAAGACAACUAUUUUAGUGCCAACAAAUUCAAUUUCGGUCUCUCCUAUGGUCAGGUUCACCGGCUUCUUUGUUUGUUUGACUCCAGAAAGAUCGGAGAAACGAAAGGUACAGAUUUUAAUUCGUGCGCAAAAGCUGAAUUUGUAGAAAGUAGUCCCAGAUCUUUGCAUUUCGAUGGAAAAAUAGAAGGUGCUCAUUUUGCCAAUGCAGAUGCUGAAGUCCAGUCAUCUCAUCUGACCGCAAAGUUGUCUGUUCAUUCUGAGAGAACUCUUCCAGAAGAUUGUUUCUCUCCGGUUUCUGAAACUAUGGACAAGUCGAGCACAACCAGAGUUUCAUCUGACGGUAUUAGUCUUGCUUGUCCUUCUCCUUCUCAAAUAAGACAAAACUUACCUGCCGUUGAAACUCAGUGUGCCAAUGCUUUAGGAAGUCAGUCGAUCCAACUUCGCAGUGUUACAGAAGAUAAUGCUUGUUCUUGUUUGAAUGCUGAUCUUGGUGAUUUCAUACCUUUGUCCUUUCAUGACGAUGAGAGUUCACUAGAAGACGAAGACGAAGACGAAGACGAAUCCAUAAUACCUAGUUUUUGGAUAGACAAACCCUGCUUCGAGCCAUACAAUCCAAUUAUUUCAGGUGCUGAUACUUCUGUGGGUCCAAGUGAACUCUGUACCUUCGAUCCACAAAACAAAAUACUCCCUAUGAUUGGCGAAUUGUCCUCUGCAAUCAUCCCUUUACGAAUCAUGACCGACCACCAACUGAAGGAAGAUAACAAUCGCUUGAAUUCUCUUUCCGGAUGUCAAAACAAUAAUUUAGAAGGCUCUGAUAACCUUCCCCGUGUCAAGCGUUUGUAUUCUGACUCUCCACUUCCGAGCAAGAAAGGAAGCGUCUUCUCUCGUUUGACGAAAGCAACUAUACAAGAAAAGCAUAAUCCCGUUGAUGUGGUAAUAUCAGUCGGCGACAUUAUGGAAAAAUUGCAGCUGAAGCAUGAGGCUUGGACGAAAACAGCAAAAGAUGAAAAUCCUGCUCUGAAGGCUGAGGCAGUGAUUAAUUCGAGAAAGAGUGUGUUCAAGCGGCUACGUAAGCCUUUAGAAACUGACGCAUCAGAACGGCAAUGUGAUUGGAAGUUGUCAAUGGGCGGAAGCAAGUCCACCAGAAAGAAGAGAAAAUACGAAGUACUGUGACUAGCUCUGCACUUUGGAGUUUAAAUAGGAGAGCUCAACCAAGAGAAAAGGGAUCAGGAAUCUCCACGGGAGAAAGGAGAAACACGGCCAACCUUACGGAGAUCGAUAAUAUGAUCGAUUAGAAUAGCAAGGUGGAUAGUGGGUACCUCGUUGCUGAAUGGCAGAACCAGGAACAAAUUAUUGAAGGUAGAGGAGUGGAACUACCUGCAUGAGUAGUGGACGUGGUCGAGAUAAUGUCUGUCCAAUAAAAGUCUGCACCAAGGAUGCCACCGAGUCCAAUAUUUGGUGAAAACUACCGUAUGUUGAUGAGAGUUUUGC